GCGCGAACAUGGCGGCGGCCCUGGCGCCGAUGGGCGAUGGCGGCGGCGCGGCGGCUCCCUGAGCUCCCCCCGCCGCGGCGCUGCCCCGUCCCAGGCAUGGUCGCCGCGCUGUAGGAGGGCGGGAGCCGCGGCGAUGGAGGAGAGCCCCUGAGCCUGUCUGCGGAGGCGUUGCGCGUGUGUGAGACGUGAGAAAAGGUCUUUGCUGUACCCAGAAAGUUUUCCUGUUGGCAGAGUGUUCAGAGAUCAAGGGAGUCAAUCUGUCAGCAGGCUUCUCUUCAGAUAGACCAUUUCUUCUGAUCACAGAGCCAUGGUGUCAUGGAAAGGGAUAUACUUUGUAGUUGCACUAUUCUUGGGAAGUUUCUUUGGGAGUAUAUUCAUGCUCGGUCCUUUUCUACCUUUGAUGUUCAUCUCGCCGGCCUGGUAUCGCUGGAUCACCGACUGCAUCGUGGCUACUUGGCUCACGCUCCCAGUGGCCUUGCUGGAAAUGGUGUUUGGUGCCAAGGUGGUUGUCACUGGAGACGGAUUUGUUCCUGGAGAAAGGAGUGUCAUUAUCAUGAACCAUCGCACACGAAUGGACUGGAUGUUCCUGUGGAACUGCCUGCUGCGAUACAGCUACCUCAGACUUGAAAAAAUCUGUCUCAAAUCCAGUCUCAAAAGCAUUCCGGGAUUUGGCUGGGCAAUGCAGGUUGCUGCCUUUGUUUUCAUUCAGAGAAAGUGGGAAGAUGACAAGAGUCACUUUGAAAAAAUGCUGGAUUAUUUCUGUGACAUUCGUGAACCACUACAACUCCUCAUCUUUCCAGAAGGAACUGAUCUCACAGCCAAUACCAAAGCCCGCAGUAACGAAUUCGCUGAAAAGAACGGAUUUCAAAAAUACGAGUAUGUCUUACACCCGCGAACAACUGGAUUCACUUUUGUGGUUGAGCGUCUAAGGGAAGGUGACAAUCUCGAUGCUAUCCAUGACAUAACUGUGGCAUACCCCCAAAACAUUCCUCAGACAGAGAAGCACCUUUUGAAUGGAAACUUCCCGAAGGAGAUUCACUUCCACGUCCAGAGAUAUCCAAUAGAGACAGUGCCCACUUCUAAGGAGGAGCUGCAGCUUUGGUGCCGGAAGCGUUGGGAAGAGAAAGAGGAGAGACUCCGACACUUCUAUGAAGGUGGAAAAUGCUUCAGUGCAACAGGGCAAGGCAUUGUUCCCCCCUGUAAAUCCGAGCUCAGGGUCUUCGCGGUGAAGUGCAUCUCACUCCUGUACUGGACGGUGUUCCCGCUUGGUAUGCUCUCACUGCUGUACCUGUACACCUUUGCUCAGUUGUAUUUUGCAGCCAUGGUCAUCUUUUUUGUUGUGCAGCAAAAGAUAUUUGGUGGGCUGGAACUAAUUGAACUCGCUUGUCAUCGAUAUUUUAAAAAGCAACAGAAAUUUCACGACACGAAAAUAAAAAACAAUUAGUUCUGGCGUAGAGAAAGGGGGGGGGGUUGAGAUGCCCUGCGAAUUUUAUGCACAGGGAACAAUUUUUGCAUGAGAAUUGUCUUUUACUAUCGCCAUUGUUAGACAUUUGCACAUGAUUCUGUGAAGAGAAAGAAAAAUGUUAGUUAUUCCUACAUGUGAAAAUGGUAGUUUUUUAAUCUCUGAAUGUAAUUUCAGCAUUGCUCUUGCAAGCAGCUAGCAUCUGCAUUCUGCUGUCAUUAAGAAACAAAUUGCUGGAUUAUUGAACAAUCAUAAAGAUGGUAAUAAAUGUGACAUGCACUGGACUUUCAUGUAGAAACCCAAACUGUUCAGCUAAGAGAGACAGAUGUAUGAUUUCUGUAUAAUCACAUUGUUGUGAAGUAAGCGUCGGAUUUGGAAAGCUGGUAAGUUUAGUGAUGUUUUGAUGGUAGGUGGAAGUUGGAGAAGAAGUUGUUCUGUUUCUUUUUUAUAUUUCAAAUACUCAAACUUAUUUUAAAAUAAUAUUUUUGCAUAAGCUUUUUCAAACACUACUGAACCUACCACUGUUCAACCAUUCUGGCUUGGUCACUCAGAGGGUUUUUUAAGCCUUGCAGUCUUGUGUCAUAGUGCAGAGAACAGUGCUGGCUCUGCCUCCA